AUGGUUAAUGAAUAUGAAGGAUAAAGAUAAAUACAAAUAGGAAACAUAAAAUUUAUAUCAACUAAUGGUUCAUCUUAAAAAAAUGGAGUCAUCAUUUUUAAAAAUACAAAAGAAACAGAAAUUUUAAUUGAUACAAUAGAUUAUCAGUAAUAUGAAACUAAUGGAUUAAUUGGUAACGUUGGAAAUGUAAGAGAGUAAAGCGUAAUAAGAUUCACUAGUGCUAAAAAUUUUAAUAUAUAAUCUAUAAUUGCUUCAAGUAGCAGCAGAAUCAAAGAUUAGCAGCAAACAGUUAUUUUUUAUAUUGAAAUGGAUUAUUAGAAUCUAAAUAAAUAUAAAAUCACAUUAAGUCAUGCAAAUGCAGAUUUAUAAUCAAUAAACAGUGUUUAAUUUUUGCUUUUAAAUGGACAUUCAUAUCAGUUUUAAAUGACUCUUUCAAAUAUUUCCAACGGAAAAUCAUUAGAUUUUGGAGGCUGUUUAUGCUUUAUGAAUACCUUUUCUCCAGGUUUAAUAGAUUAUGAUAUCAAUAUUUCUAAUUCAACAUUUACUUCAUGCUAAAGUAAAUACUUAGGUGGAGCUAUUUCUAAUGAUUCAUAGAAUGUUGAUAUAAGUUUUUCAAAAUUUGAAAACUGUAGCAGCUAAAUAGGUGGUGCUAUAUUCAACUAAUACUUUAAAGAUAAUUAAUAUGAUACAAAUAUUUUUUAAGAUAAUAUAGGUUAUUUAGCGAUUCCUAAUUUUAAUAAAUUGCUUUUAGAGAUAAAGAUUUCAGAAAUAUAUGAAAUAAAUUCAAGCUCAGGCACAUAUUAAAAAAUUGAAUAAUUUUUAUACCCAGGAAUAACAUACAUAAUAUAAUUUUCACUUAAAAUAGAUGGAAAGUGGUACAGCUCAUUUAACGAAAACAGUUUUUUUGGUAAUCUUUUUAACAUAUUAGUGAAUCCAUCAAAUAAUUUUAUUUCUAUUACUCCUCCUAAUUUAAUCUCACAAAAUUUUCCUUACUUAAUUUGGUAUGCUUAGGAUGUAUCUUUCAAUGGAAAGAAAAGUAUAGACUUGGAAUUAGGAAAUAUUAAUUUGAUAUGGAUAUAUCCUUUAAAAUCAGAUUUCUAUAAAAUUUACAAUGGAUGUAAAGAGCAAGGAAUGGAAAAAAUAUAUUUAAUGAAAAGCUAGUAAUUCAUAUGUAAAUACUGUGAAAAUAUGUUUGUCAGCUAUAAUGGAGUGUGUUAAUAAUGUUAAACAGAAUAUUUCACUGAUUGCUAUGGAUAUUAUUCUGCUCUAAAGCCCUCUUAUUGGAGGAACGACUACAGUAUUGAUAGUGAAAAUAUCUUCUUUUGCUCUAAUAAUCCUGAUAGUUGUAUAGGAGGGAGUGGUAUUGGAAAUGAACUUUGCUAUAAAGGUCAUAUUGGUCCUUAAUGUAUAGAUUGUGAUGUAAAAGGAAUUUAUUGGAAAGAUUAAUAUUCUAGAAUAGGUUUUUUUUAAUGUGUAGAAUGUAAUUCAAUAUCAUCUAAUACAUUUAAGAUAUCUGUUUUAUUAGUACUACUAUUUUUAAGUCUGUUAGUUAUCUUAGUAUCCACAUUUAGAAGACUUCAAAAUCAAAUUUAUGCAAUAUAUCUUUCUAAAAUGGGUAUUUUUUUCUUUGGUAAUACACUUCUAAACCAGUCUCUCACCUCAACAUACAUCAAGAUUUUAAUGUUUCACAUCUAAGUUUAUAUUACAUAAAUAAAAUUUACUAAGAUAGAUAUAAUUUCUACUUUUUCACAGUUUUAAUUUUUACUUUACAAUCCCUUAAGCUCACCCUUUUUCUCUUUGAAUUGCUUGAUUGCUUAGUACAUGACUGAUUUCAAUAGUAUUGGUUAUUCAGACUUAUUUCUGACAUUCAUCAUACCAAUAAUCAUAUGCCUUAUUAUAACUUUAAUAUCUAUUGUAGCAUUCCUAAUUAAGAAGAGCCUAUUUAAGCAAUGUGUUUAUACAAUCAUUCUUUCAUACAUAUAUAUAUUCAUAGUUGUUUUUUACUCUAUUCUAUUAGAAAAGACACUUUCUAGUUUUUUUUGCCUUGAACUUGAAAAAAAUAAAUCUUAUUCUCUAAUAGAUCUGAGUUUAGAGUGUGGCAAUUCUUCAGAGCUAAUUAAAAUUUAAAGUUUAAGCUUAGUAAUUCUAAUUUUAUUUUUAAUAGCCUUCCCUCUGAUUAUAUUUUUAAAGCUAAUAUAAUCAAGAAAUAGAUUAAAAAAAGUAAAAGUUAUGUUUAUGUAUGGAUUCUUAUAUAAUGAAUAUAAACCUAAGUUCUUUUACUGGGAAAUGAUAAGACUGUUGAUAAAAAAUUUAUUAGUUUUAUUAUAACUUUCGCUAUAAUAAUAUCCUUAAAUUAGUUUGAUUAUGAUAUCUCUGAUGCUUUUUUCUUAUUUCAUAGCAUUAAAAAGCUAUAAUCCUUUCAUAUCUAAAUCGCUGAAUAAUUUAGAAAAGGCUUCAAUAAUUAUUUCUAUCUUACUGUUAUAAUCUUCAAACGUUUUCAUUUAAUAAAAUUAAAAUGAAAGUCAAAAAAUAGAAAGUUUUAGAACAGUUUUUUACAUAAUUAUCUAAAUAAUUAAUUUAAUGUUUUUUUUCUACACUUUAUGGCUGAUUAUAACAUCUUUUCUAGAAAAGUAGAUAUAAAAACUUUAAAAAUAUAUUAAAUUUAAAUGUUUUCAAACUAGAAUUAAGUCACCAUAGAUAUUGAGGAUAAACAAAAGCAUAAAAAAGCUAAUUAAAUGUACACGAAUAAUUAAAUAAAACUAAAUCUUAAAUGACUAGGAUAAAUCUUUGAUAUUUUAUUAACUUGAAGAGUUCUCAUGUCAGGAUGAAAUUAAAAUUAAUUGA